AUGUUAAUUCCCAAAGCAGUUGAAUAUGUGUGUUUAUGUAAAUAUGUGAUAGCUGAUCACUACAAAAAGUUUGUUAGAAGUGGUGAAACUUAUAAUCUAGUGGUGGGAAUUCAGUGCUACUCCACUGGAGCUCCAGCCAGUGCAUGUAGUGACAUCUACCCAGUGGGGCAUCUAGGAACCUCCCAAGAUCUCUCCACUAACCCCUUCCAGUUGUCCCUCUCUGACUUUGACCAGACUUACGGAGGAGAGAUUUUCUAUGUCCCUGGACAGGACUACACCUUGACUCUGUCAGGAUCAGGAGGUGAGCAGUUCAGAGGAUUUCUAGUACAGGCCAGAGCUCUGGCAGAUGGUUCUCCAGUUGUUACCUUCAUUGACAAUGGAGAUGACCAGACACUCAGCUCUUGUGACCCUCCAGAGUCAGCAGUGACCCACACAAACAGCAGUCUCAAGACUUACUUGACACUGAAUUGGACAGCUCCAUUACAAGGAGCUGGAGGGAUCAAUUUUUUUUAUGCUGUCGUUCUAAGCAGAGAUGAAUUUUAUGCUACACAAAAUACUGAUGUCUUACAUCCCUGCGGUCUCCCUCUGUAUGAGAGUGCUGGUCAUUGUGUGGAGACCUGUCCUGAUGGACAGUUUGGUAAUGGAAAUAUCACCACUCUCACUGGAACCUGUGAUCCAUUACCCACUGACUUCAGAGCAACCCUGAAUGCCACAGUCUACUAUGCCCAAAUUGACGAAAAUCAUCAACUGAAUGCAUCAGUGUUCAAAAUCCGAGCCAUCUUCAGUACCACUAAUGAUCUUGAAUAUAUCUACAUGAGCAUAACACAGGCCAACGAAACCGACGGGCUCCUUGAAUUUGACGGUGGCAGUGAGAACAGGAUUGAACCCAAUGACCCAGCCACUGUGUUUGCAGAGAGAGGCUAUCCAAUUAAUAUAGACAUUAACAUCACUUUAGCUGUUUUGUAUCAUCCGGGAAUACCAAGUAUCGGCUAUGUCUAAAGGAUUGGUCUGCAUACAAAAUUCAACAGAUCCUUGCGAUGGAGGGUGUGAGAAUGGAGGCACUUGUAUAAGAACCUCCUUCUGCAAGUACUCUUGUUCCUGCAGGCCAGGAUACACCGGAACUCACUGUCAGGAGGAUGAUCAAACUGUGCACUUUUGCAAAGAGAUAGUGUUUAAUGGUGGGUACUUGUGUUGAAGAAUUUGGCACGAUACUAGAUGUCAAUGUGUCACGGGUUCAGAGGUGAUCAAUGUACAGAAGA